AUGAUACAACAAGAGGUCUGGGAAGAGGUCUCUACCUUCAUAUGUCUUAAUGAUGACCUGCUCACAAGAGAACUAGAGAUCUGGGAAGAGGUCUCUACCUCCAUAUCUCUUAAUGAUGACCUGCUCACAAGAGAACUAGAGGUCUGGGAAGAGGUCUCUACACCCAUAUCUCUUAAUGAUGACCUGCUCACAAGAGAACUAGAGGUCUGGGAAGAGGUCUCUACAGCCAUAUCUCUUAAUGAUGACCUGCUCACAAGAGAACUUGAGGUCUGGGAAGAGGUCUCUACCUCCAUAUCUCUUAAUGAUGACCUGCUCACAAGAGAACUAGAGGUCUGGGAAGAGGUCUCUACCUCCAUAUCUCUUAAUGAUGACCUGCUCACAAGAGAACUAGAGGUCUGGGAAGAGGUCUCUACAGCCAUAUCUCUUAAUGAUGACCUGCUCACCAGAGAACUAGAGGUCUGGGAAGAGGUCUCUACAGCCAUAUCUGUUAACGACGGCCUGCUCACCAGAGAACUAGAGGUCUGGGAAGAGGUCUCUACACCCACAUCUCUUUACGACGGCCUGCGCUGCUUCUAUAACCACAGCCGGAGGGUUGUCCUGCGUCUUUGUGAGUAUUUGGAUUCCUAUGGUUACCACGGCAGCAAGACGCUCUGUUACCUCAUGCUCCGUAGCGAUGUCAGCAGGUGACUGUGGGCCAGAAUGAAACCCCCUAGUUGCUGUAGUCCACUGCUCUGUUCCAAAGUAGUGCACUUUAAAAUGAAGUAGGGUGCCAUUUCAGAUAUAUACAAAUCACUGAACUGUGUUCAUAAUGUCCAGUACAAUACACUGAACUGUGUUCAUAAUGUCCAGUACAAUACACUGACCUGUGUUCAUAAUGUCCAGUACAAUACACUGACCUGUGUUCAUAAUGUCCAGUACAAUACACUGACCUGUGUUCAUAAUGUCCAGUACAGUAGACUGUGUUCAUAAUGUCCAGUACAAUACACUGACCUGUGUUCAUAAUGUCCAGUACAGUAGACUGUGUUCAUAACAGUAGACUGUGUUCAUAAUGUCCAAU